AGUGGCAUUUCGUUCGUUAGCUGGCAGCUGGCUGUGUAGUGUAACUCUGUCAAAAGCAAAUGUCAUAACUUUUGUCUGUGUAAUUUUAGUUUGUGUUGUUAUCAAAGUUUCUUCAUCAUGGAAAGUUAUGAGAGUGUUCUUCUAGUUAAAUCAGAGGUAUUUGUUUUCAAGCUCCCUCCCAGAGCUACAAAUCGAGCUUACAGAGCUGCUGAUUGGAAUCUAACUGAGCCACAAUGGACAGGUAGAAUGCGUUUGGUAACAUCAGGAAAAGAUUGCAUUUUGAAACUAGAGGAUAAGAACACUGGUGAAUUAUUUGCUAAAUGUCCCAUUGAUAAAUACCCUGGAGUUGCCGUGGAAUCAGUUUCAGAUUCAUCAAGAUACUUUGUUCUGAGAAUUCAGGACGACAACAAUGGGCGAACUGCUUUCAUUGGUGUUGGUUUUUCGGACAGAUCAGACAGCUUUGAUCUGAAUGUUGCCCUGCAAGACCACUUCAAGUGGGUCAAAAAGUCUGAAGAAAUUGAGAAGGAAAAGGAGGAUCCAAAACCAGAGCUGGAUUUGCGUUUCAAGGAAGGAGAGACAAUAAAGAUCAACAUGAAAAUCACUAAGAAAGAUGGCAGUGAAGUGUCGAGUAAACCGAAAACCAGACCGACAUCGGGAGGUAUUCUACCACCUCCCCCAGGAGGAGUGAAGAUUGCUCCUCCUCCAGCACCCUCGGUCAACUCGUCCCCCUCCCACCAGCCGGCAACUGCUAAGCCCGAAUCCUGGGGGGAAUUUGCGGAGCGCAGGCAGUUCUGCUGCUGCAGCCCCGGUAACACCAAGCAAUCCCAGUUGGGUACAGUUCUGAGAUCGUUAAUUACCAACCUGUAGAUAUCAUGAUGGCUUCUCAUGUACUAUUGUACCAUAUAUUGAGAUUUCAGAGUUUAUCGCCAACACAUAGUGGACAUUUCCUUUACUACGGUAGCCUAUAUAAAUGUUUAUUUGUGUAUAUUUAUAGCCAAGUUGUAGUUGCAAACUAGUAUUCAAACGCUGUUUUGAUUAGUUUAUUAUUUAGCUUUCAUUUAAUCAUGUUUAAGUAAUGGAGUUUCAAGGUGUUGAUUUUGAUUAUUUAAUUCAGGAGAGGAUUUAAAAUCUGUUGUUUAUUUAAUUGAAGUGUUUAAAUAUAUUCGUUUUACUUUGUUGUUACAAGUGUUUCUUUAUUUUAUUGUUGUAAUUAGAAUGAACAUUUUGGUUCUACAUCAUUUUGUUACUUAUUGGAAGAUAAGCAAUUCAUUUGAAACAUUCGUGAUAAGCUUUGUACGGUAUAAUCAAAGUCAGCAUUUUCAUAAUAGAUUUGUAUUGAGUUGCUGGCUAAUUUCAUCCUUGAAACUUCACAGUUAAAUAUUCCAUUAAUUUUAAAUUUGUCAUUUUGGACCAUAUCAGGGGUUGAAGUUAAAUACAUAUCAUAUAGCAAACAAAAGUUUGUGUUUUUUUUUUUAUUACUGAGGUCCAUUCAUAGAGAAUAAAAAUUCUACACAGAUUGAAACAAAUGUCACACAAUUCAUAAUGAAAGCUAUUUGAACUGUCAGAUUUAUCUAAGUUAGGCCCAGGCUGAUAGUGUUAUCAUGUUUCCUUAUCAUGUUACUCUGAAUCAGUGGUCCAAUAUGACUCCUCCACAUUUACUGAAUGUGUUUAUUUGUUCUUUUUUUACAUUUAUAGUUAUGUCUAUAAAUUUAAUGAAUUUUUAGCUUGAUUAUUUUUAAUUUAUAGUUUAGUCGAUAUUAUAAUUUAAAUAAUCAGUGUAGAUUUUUAAUAUGCUUUUGUAACCAAUUAGAUUGUGAUUAGACUGAUGAAAAUACAUGAAAUCAGCCGUUCAGUUUGUUAAUUUUAAGAAUAAAAAACCAAUUUGUUUCUGUUCCAUUAUAUUAAUGUGAAGGCAAAGAGGUGCUUUCAUCCUCAU